GGACGAAAAUAGAUCUGGGAGUGGGGAAGCUUUCUUAUGCUCUUCUUCCCCGGGCAUCCAUCAAGCACAAGGGACGUCCAGGUGGGCGCAGGCCUCUUCACAAUACCAGCAGGAUGAUACCGAUUUGAUUUUUUAAUUGGAAUGGCAGAGAGUCUGCUUUGUAGCCUAAAGAAGCAUUAAGGAUGACGCUGCCGUUGACCGCUUGGCUUUGGCGGCAUGAAUACUGGCUGCCUCCAGGGAUCACCUGGGAGGACAUGAAAGAGACGGAGGAAACCCGCUACCCUCAGCCCAAGCACCUCCUGGUCAGCCUCCCCUGUGCCCUUCUCCUCAUCGGCCUGCGGUUCAUCUUUGAAAGGUUCGUAGCUGUGCCCCUGAGUCAAAAGAUGGGGCUGAAGGAGAGGCUGCUAAGGAAAGCUUCUCCCAACCCUGUGCUGGAGGCUUUCUACGCUGCACACCACAGGAGCCCCAAAGAGGGUGAGCUCAGUGGUCUGGCCAAGCAGUGUGACCUGCAGCCCAGGCAAGUGGAGAGAUGGUUUCGGUGCCGUCGGAAUCAGGACCGGCCGAGCCUGACGAAAAAGUUCUGUGAAGCCAGCUGGAGAACCACCUUUUAUUUAACGUCCUUCUGUACGGGCCUAGCCACCUUAUAUGAUAAACCCUGGUUCUGGGAUCACCGCGAGUGCUGGACCGGGUACCCGCAGCAGCCGCUCCUCUACUCCACGUUUGGCUACUACAUGCUGGAGCUUUCCUUCUACUGCUCCCUGGUCAUCACAUUGCCUUUUGAUGUCAAACGGAAGGACUUUUACGAGCAAAUUGUCCACCACGCCAUCACCAUUUCGCUCAUCAGCUUCUCGUACUGCGCCAACUACAUCCGCAUCGGCACACUUGUCAUGAUCAUACAUGACGCAUCAGACUGUUUCCUGGAGCCCACCAAGAUCUUCAACUACCUGAAAUGGCGCAAGAUCUGUGAUCUUCUAUUUAUCAUUUUCUCCGCCAUUUUCCUGUUUACCCGGCUGGUUGUUUUUCCUUACAAGGUGCUCUACAACACAUAUUACUACUCGAUGGAAAUCUACCAGCCCUUCCUUGGCUACUACCUUAUGAACGGCCUCCUGAUGGUCCUCCAGCUGCUGCAUAUCUUCUGGUCCUGCAUGAUCAUCCACAUGGUUUACAGGUUCCUCCUCCGUGGCACAAUGGAAAGGGACCUGAGGAGCGAUUCGGAAGACAGCGAGAAUAAUGAGGAAGAAACGUUGCAGGAGAAGGAAGCCAAGAGGAACGGGGUCCUCCCUCCCAGCCCCAACAGCAACGGCAGCUGCCUUGGCAUUGGCAAGGAGACCCCCCUGCAGCUGAAUGGCAGGAGCCGGCCCACCGACAGCCACGCCAAGAUGAGAUAACUGGAGCCAGCCUUGCCCCGGCCCCUGCCAGGUUGCUCCUGCUUCUCCUAGGCCUGGAAGGGCACCCUUCUAGCUUCCUAGCCAACUCUCUGCCCUCUGCAGAAUACACACUCUCUGCUUCUUCUCUUGAUCUCUUCAGUUCUUUACAUUACUUUUGGAGUAGCCAGAAGUAACACAAGGGAUGGCGUCGCUUCAAGCUGGCCUUGCCUUCUCUCUUCAGCCGGCUCUGAUUGCAGCUUGGCGAGGUCGUUGCAGCCGCCCACUUGCGCAUCUCCACCAAAUAGCCCCCAGCAUGUUCCCCCAACGAACUCUGAGAGGUUAGGGCGCUAUGAGGCCAGAUUCAGGAGGCAGUGACAGCCUGGGACGUGGCUGAGGCCCCACGUGGUGGUUCAUCAAGAAGCAUCUCGAUGUGACACAGAAGCUGGAGAGCCCGGAGCCCAGCGGAGUGCUUGGGACGGGGUGCAGGAGCAGCCGAUCCGGCCAUCGCAAGACGGGAAAUGCCGUCAAGAGGUCUCUGUAGCUGGGAUCCGGGUAGAAGUGCAAGGAGGACAUUUGAAGUGGCAGGAACUGCAGGAGAAAGGCGAUGGGAGAACUGGCGAUAUUGGGUGGCCCGUCCACAGGGCACCACGAGGAAGUGUUGAGCUAGAAGGAAGACUGCCACGCUGCCCCCAGCAGGAGGGGUUUGGCUAUGAUCCUGCAACAGGAGGGCCUCUUCCUCCUCCUCCUGAGUAGGGCUGGGUGGCAGGUGGGAAGCUAUGCUAGUGCUACCAUUUGGGCUGUAUUUUCCCAGUUCUCUUCCUGAGUCGCGUGACUCCGCCUUCCGGUGCCAUAUUGAGCACACCCGACUGCUGGAACCAAUAAGCUCAUCGUAGAAAGCAAAUUCCAGGGCGUGUCUCUGUUUUUAUCAAAAUGGUGCAUGCUAAAAAUGAGGCAUGCUGGCUCCCGCCAUAUCUGGGAUGAGUUCCGCUGUAGAUCACCACGAGAACAAAAGAGAGGAACCACUCGGUGGAAAGGAUGAUGCUUUAUUCCCGGUGCAUUUUGAAAAUAAUCUUUUUCAAGGGAGCCUGGUGAACAAUACAGUGAGGCCCUUGGCACGAUUAGUGUGAAGAGCCAUAAGGGGGUUUGUGGGGAGAGCAGUUUGACCCACUUCCCCCACAGAUGAUCACUGGCCUGUUGCUGCGAGCGGUGGCUUGGCUUGGGCUCUCCUGCACCCGGCUGCAGCUUGUCCGGCAGUUCUGGGGGUCAGGCGGUGCCCGUCCCCCCACCGAGCCCCAGUAAUGUGCGGUGCACUUCUGGGGUCCCCUCAGCCUGCGAGUGUGUCCGCCACAGCUGCAAGCAGCCGCGGCAGACACACAACCCAAAAAAUGGGGUUCAUGGAGCAUUUGCUCUGUUAACCUCCUUUAAGAGGGAGGGCAUUUCGGCUGGCUUGCUGCCGGGGGCCGCAUCGCUCCCAUUGCUGAACACAAGCCACAGAAACGGGGCUGGGCUCCUUGGCCGGAUUCUGCUGCUCGUGUGCAUCGCCUCAUAAUAGAACAACAGACAUUGUGAAUGAAAGAUCUGACAUAAUCCUACUAAAUUAUUUAACCUAAUCCCACAAACACUCCGUUCCACAAAAAAAUUAAAAUAUACUCAAAAGUG